AUGGAGAGCUCCAGAAUAUACCCCUUUCCUGACGGCGACGUCGGGGAUUUUGACAAGGUGUUUCAGAAGCUGAUUGAGAUGAAUAUGACAGAGCCAUAUGACCCAGAUACCUACGCUACGGCUUUCUUUCCUGUAGCCGAGGAGCUUGAAACUGCGGCAGCUAAAGCCGAAGGCAAUAAAGAAAAGGCAUUGGCUUCAAACCUUUACUUACGUGCCGCCGCUCUAUAUCGAAUUUCCCGCUUCCCCAUCAGUCGAUCCCCUAAAACUUUCGAAGCUUGGGAGCGAGGCAAAACGGCAUAUUCCAAAGGCGCGAAAUACCUUACACCCCCAAACUUGGAAGUUGUGAUUCCUCAUUCCUACGCUUCGGCGUCUGACGGGGACGGGAACACAAUCAAAGCUUAUGUGCGAAUCCCAGAGCAUGCAUCCGAAUCAUCACCUGUUCCUGUCGUGCUCUUCGUUUGUGGACUUGAUGCCUAUCGCACAGAUUUUACAAGCCGAAUCGAUGAACAUAUUCGUCGCGGAUUCGCCUGUGUGAGUGUUGAGAUUCCGGGAACUGGUGACUCGCCUGCUUCAAAACAAGAUCCUCUCAGCCCUGACAGACAGUGGUCAAGUGUGUUGGACUGGAUCGAGUCGCAGGAGAUGUUUGACUCGAAAAAGAUCUGUGCUCGGUCCAUGAGCACUGGAGGGUACUACGGCAUGCGUAUGGCCCAUACUCACGCCGAUCGCUUGCUUGCAGUCGUUAGCCAGGGCGGGGGCUGCCAUCGAAUGUUUGACAAGGAGUGGAUCAAGGCCCAGGAUAAGAUGGAAUACCCCUAUGCCCUCGCAGAAGCUCUGGCGUACAAGUUCGGCUACGAUUCGGUCGAGGCGUAUAGUGAAGACGCCCAGUCGCGGUUCUCACUUCUACAGAGUGGAAUUUUUGACAAGCCAUGCUGCCGCCUGUUUCUCAUCAAUGGCACGAAAGAUGAGAUUUUUCCAAUCGAAGAUUCGAUGAUUCCAUUCCAGCACGGGAGAGUUAAGGAUGUCAGAUUUAUCGAAGGCGCAUAUCAUAUCGGUAACCCAGGCGCUGAAACUUAUGUGUACGACUGGCUUGACCAGUUUAAGUAG